AUGCUUAAAGCAGUUGAAGCCAAAAAAACAAAAAGACCGGAGCAAGUGGAGAAACCAGAAAAACAAGAUGCCCCAGAAAAUCCAGAAAGAGAAGAACCAGAAGCCCCAGAAGAACCAGAAAGAGAAAAACAAGAUGCCCCAGAAGAACCAGAAAGAGAAGAACCAGGGGUAUUGUGUUUUUCAAGAACAUAA